CACCAGCCAAUAGGAUCGCAGGAUUGUGGCACCAUCAGCGAUCAGAGGAAGAGUCCUCGAACUCGUCAUGUUUCGCUUUAUUGCUUGUUUUGUUUCUGUUUAUGGAAUCGAUAUUUGCGGUUAUUGAAGACUAAUGUGUCCAGAAGCAGCUUCAGGACAGAGAAGAUCACAUGACCAGCGGCUGAGAGCAAACCACUAUUUUGAGCGAUGAAUUAUUCGAGGCAGUGAAGCCAAGUCUUCAGUUUUACAGGACGAGGACAACCACCAUGUCAUCCAAAUCCUCCCUUCUGAAAGUGAUUCUCCUGGGCGACGGCGGCGUGGGCAAGAGUUCGCUAAUGAACCGCUACGUCACCAACAAGUUCGACGCGCACCUCUUCCACACCAUCGGCGUGGAGUUCCUCAACAAGGACCUGGAGGUGGACGGGCGUACGGUCACGCUUCAGAUCUGGGACACGGCGGGACAGGAACGCUUCCGGAGCCUGCGGACGCCGUUCUACCGCGGCUCCGACUGCUGCCUGCUAACCUUCAGCGUCGACGACAGCCAGAGCUUCCACAACCUCGUCAACUGGAAGAAGGAGUUCAUCUAUUACGCGGACGUCAAGGAGCCCGAAAGCUUCCCGUUCGUGCUUCUGGGAAACAAAGUGGACGUGAGUGAGAGGCAAGUGUCGAGCGAAGAAGCUCAGGAGUGGUGCCGGGACAGCGGCGGAUACCCGUACUUCGAGACUAGCGCUAAAGAUGCUACGAAUGUGGCGGAUGCAUUCGAGGAAGCCGUGAGACGAGUCUUGGCUUUGGAGGAUCGACACGAGCACUUGAUUCCUACAGACACCGUUAACCUGCACAGAAAGCCGCGCGGAUCCUCGCCGUGCUGCUAAUCCGCGGGAAGCGUUUCUUCAAUGAGUCCGCGUUAUGUUUUGAACAUGCACGCACUUUAAUAUGCACUAAACACUGGUUUGGUUUCAUUUUGGGUGACGAUUCUCAGCAUUCGGAUGUUUAUAUAUAUAUAUAUAUUUAUCUCUCUAAUGGGGUUCGAGUGGGUGACGGAUGUUCAGCAUGAGAGUGAUAGUGAACAAGAGCAAAUGUAAGGAAUGCACAAGGCUUUUGUUUUCCAUUUUAAAUAUAUCGAAACCUCAUUAAAACAAAUGGAAUCUACUUGAUCCAGUACAAACAUCUGAACGUUCAUAAAUCAAGACGCAUUACCUGGAGAACAAGCUAUAUGACUGAAGAUUUGUAGCAAGAAUGAGUUUGAGCUUAAAACAUGAACAUAUAUCUGCCAGUGGAGUCAGAAAAUACACUUUUCUCCAGUACAUGGGUCUUGAUUUCUGAAGGUUUGUGCUGGAAAACGAUGCGAGGAAGAACUUCUGUGUUGGAUCAUGUGUAUUUUUCUUACCUCAUUGACAAAGUUUGUGUAAUUUACUGAAACUAGUCUUAAUAUAUCAUAUGCCGUUAUGCUUGUCUAGUAAACAUCUCCAGUUUGAUGGAUUUUCAGAUAUUUAUACUGGAAAACGAGACUCGGAUAUUAACGUGCGCAGGCGUUCAUACUCUCUGGUGGAUUUCUAAUAUAUUAACAUUACAAAAUAGUGUAGCGUGUGCCAAAUAUAUACUAAGUACUUGUACUAAACCAUGGAUAAUAAUGUGGAGAGUAUAAGCACCUACUUUGAAAAAAUGCAUUAAAAUCUUAACAUUGUAAAUUGUAAAAUUGAAAUUAAAAAAGUAUGGAACAAUA